GGCCGAUUUAGUUACAGCUGUCGUUACAGAAUUGGCUAUUUUACCAUGCACCAGCGUUCCUGUUAUUCUACGAAUUAAACCAUCGGAAAGUUAAACUUGUCUGGAUAUGUCGCUGUAUUGUUUGUGUUUUGAUUGGUCGAAAUCACGUGUAUCUGUACAUUAUAAAAUGUAAAACAAUUCUAUUAGAGAAAAGUUAUUUUUAAAGUGUUUUUAUCAAUGUUUAAAAAAUUAAUAACCGUAUAUUUUAAGAAAUACAUCAAAAAUAGAUACUUUUGUUCUAAAUUAUCGUCGAAAGAAAAUUUGCGUAAUGCAUUGUUAACAAAUUUACAUGUUACAUCAGGAGAAGUUGAUCAAUUGUUUAAUUUAUACAAUGAAAGAUUGUUAAAGAUAUCAGAAAAAAGAAUUAUUAGAAAUAGUCAAAUAUGUAAGGAACACAAUAUUGAAUUAAAAACUGCAAGAAAUAUGUUCACUUGCUUUGUCAUGUAUUCUCAUUUACUGAAACAUAGAAUAUUUGUUUUGCAAGAGUUGGGUGUACCUAAAAUACAUAUUAAUUUAGUUUGGAAAUUGCCGCAUCUCAUGAAGAAACCUGCUAGUGAAUUUAAAACGAUUACAAAUAUACCAGAGAAGCAACGUAUUAUGAGUAAUAUGAUGUAUCAUAUAGAUAGAAAUUUGUCAAACGAUUUGCCCAUUGAAAAAUUGAAUGAAUCUGUAUCUAUGAGAGAACAUUACAAAACAUGUUUUACAUAUUACGCUCAAAAGAAAUUAGGUGUCAAAAGUGACGAAUCAUUAAAAUAUACAGGAUUUUCCUUCAAAAGUAUAAGAUUAAUGACCAAGUUAAUAGAUUUUUAUAGAAAUAAAUUGGGUUUUGAUUUAGAAUAUAUAAGAAAACAUUUAUAUUUAUUGGAUGUAUGCCCGGAUUAUGCACAAUAUGUGAUGGAUAGUUUAAAGGAUUACAACAUAUGUAAUUAUAAAUUUGAAGAAGUCGUUAAAAAAUGGCAUACAAUAUUAAAUUGCGAUCCAGAAAAUACGAUAAAAGUAUUAUGCACCAUAAAAAAAUAUGAAAUAGAUGAAAGAGCUUUGAAAAGUUGUCUUAAAAUUUUGAAAGUUAGUAAUGAUUAUCUUAUUGAUAGAUUGAAUGAAAUAUCAAAUACACCGGAUCUCAGAGUAUGGAGUAAGAAUUCACGUGUAUUAUUUUUCAUAGUCCAUAAAAACAUGAUCAAUAAACGAGUUGAAUUCCUUCGUAAAAAAGGUUAUCUUAAAUCGGCUAACUCGUAUCUGAUUACGAGCAACAAACAUCAUUUUCAUAAAUUUAUACAAGACGAAUUAAAUUUCAUGAUAAAAAGUGAAUACAUAGAAUACAUUCUAUGUAAAGAACUAGGUUCCGACAAGAAAUACGUGAUCAAAAUUUUGAAAAGACAUCCAUAUUGGAACAGAGUAUCUUUCGUUGAUUUGGACGAUACAUUGCGUAAUUUGAAAGAAUAUUAUUCGAUAGAAGAUAUAUGUCCUAAUAUUCAAAUAAUUCUUUAUCCAUGGGUUACUGUUAAAAAAACGUUACAAACUAUAAAUGAAUCUGAUCAAUUUUGCAAGGAAUAUAAUUUGUCUCAACAUCUAGCACUUUGUUUGUAUCUUAUGGAAAAAAAUAAUCACUUUACUGGAGAAGCUAUUUGGAACACAGAAGAAAGUAAUGAAUUAACGAGCAAUGAAAAAAUCGAAUCAUCGGACACAUCCAAUGAAUCCUUGGAUUUAAAUCAAAGUUGUAAUAUUUUGAAUAAAUCUUGAAUUUAUUCAAGAUUGUAAGAUUCUUUUUAUUUUUUUUUA